CCCCACAGACCGAUAGAACUGCCAAGGUGGGAUCAGGGAAACUAAGGAACCCCCCCCCAUAUACCCCGAAGAGGCAUCCCCUUCGAUCCCUCAGACAGGAUCAGGUGACCCUUGUAGAGCCCGGGGUAGUCUCAGGGGACCAAGCGAGAACUCUGGGACCCCCUGGGGGCGAGAGCCGAGGGUCAUGGGGGACGCGGCGGGGCCGUGGGGCCGCGUGGAGGCGCUGGGGGUGACGCGGGAGGAGGCGGCGCGACUCGGCCGCGCCAUGCGGGACCCCGAGUUCCGCGACCUCCUCAUGGAGCACGCCAGGGAGCUGCAGGAGCCGGCCACGCGGGCACGCUACGAGCAGGAGAUGGCCGAGCUGGAGAGGGAGAGGGGGAUGGACGUCACCUUCCUGCACAUCUCCCCAGGCUACGUCCUCAAGGGCUUCAUACGAGGAGAUGGUGCAGCAGCAUCAGGAGGGAGCCACGGUGGCGAGAGAGGUGGCACUGGCACUGCCACCGGCACCGCCGCCACCACCACCAAGGCCUUCAUCAACGUGUGCUGGGUGGACACUGGGCUGGAGCCGCCCUCCGCGGAGCACUCGCCGGCCCGGCCCGGCGGCGUCAUGUGGCGGCUGCCGCACGCGGUGCUGCCGCCGGCGCGGCGCGACGUGGACGGGCGCGGCGCGCCGUGCGCCGUGCACGACGUGGCCUUCCACCGCGACGCCGCCGCCCUCGCCACGGGCCCCGACCCGCGGCUGCGCGCGCUGCUGGACGACACCGCGGCCACCGCCGUGGAGGACGCGCUCGGGGUGCGGUUCGUGAGCCGGCACGACCGCGGCGGCGGUGGCGGCGGUGUCGCCGGCGGCGCCGCAGCGAGGACCGGCGUGGUGCGGCGCAUCAAGGCGACGUACAAGGGAACGCCGCCGCUGCGCUCCCCGGUGCUGCGUAAACCAAGGGCCGGAGCUGGAGAGGGGGCAGCGGCGGCGGCGGAGACGGACGGCGGCUUUCCCUUCCCGCCAGGACUCGAGAUGCCGUACCCGUACUCAGGCGCCACCACCACCACCAACACCACCACCACCAGCGUCCUCAGCACCGGCACAACCGCAACCAAGAUUCACGGCAACCGCAACAGGAGACGCGACGGAGGUGGAGGUGGUGGAGCGGGAGGCGGAGUCCCGGACUCGAGUUCGUGUGCCAGCGAGUCCCCUGCCGUUACGCAGGGGCAGCCCGCCGCAAAGGAUUGUGGGAAAGCUGCAGGGGGGCUGCAGUACACCGUGACGCGCAGAACGUACUCCGACAUGCAGGACUUUGCGGUGGAUGCCGCCCCACGGAGCGCAGCUGCCGCGCACGAGCUGGUGGUGCGCAUCGACCUGGCCGGGGCGUGCGCACGCUGCCUGGCGCAGCCCGGCGCCGCCAUGCGUCUCGAGGUCGGCCACACGGCCAUGGAGCUCACGCUGUCGCAUGCCAAGCACCCUGAGCAGCAAGAGCAUGAGCCGUGCGCACACCUGAUCGUGCCGCUGCCGCUGCCGGUUGUGGCCGGCGGGGGGCACGCCAAGCUCAACCGCGACGCCAACACCCUGACCGUCACCGUGGAGACGCUCGCCAGGAAAAACGCCCUGACGGCCGGGCGGCGCGAGCGUAGUGGCGCACCGCUCGUGCGAGAGGUGGGGCAGGUGGACGCACAGGGCAGUCAAGCAGACAGACAACAACCGGACACUCAAGCAGACGAACAACAACCGGACACUCAAUCGGACGGGCAACAACCGGACACUCAAUCAGACAGACAACAACCGGACACUCAAGCAGACGAACAACAACCAGACACUCAGGCAGAUGGGCAACAACCGGACACUCAAGCAGACAGACAACAACCAGACACUCAAGCAGAUAAACAACAACCGGACACUCAAUCAAACGGACAACACUCGGACACUCAAGCAGACGGACAACAACCGGCCACUCAAGCAGAUAAACAACAACCGGACACUCAAGCAGAUGAACAACAACCGGACACUCAAGCAGACAGACAACAACCAGACACUCAAGCAGGUGGACAACAACCAGACACUCAAGCAGACGGACAACAACCAGACACUCAGGCAGAUAGACAACAACCGGACACUCAAUCAAACGGACAACACUCGGACACUCAAGCAGACAGGCAACAACCGGACAGUCAAGCAGACAGACAACAACCAGACACUCAAGCAGACAGACAACAACCGGACACUCAAGCAGAUAAACAACAACCGGACACUCAAGCAGAUAGACAACAACCGGACACUCAAGCAGACAAUCAACAACUGGACACUCAAGCAGACAGACAACAACCGGACACUCAAGCAGACAGGCAACAACCAGACACUCAAGCAGACAGACAACAACCGGACACUCAAGCAGACAGGCAACAACCAGACAGUCACCCAGACGGACAACAAUCUGACACUCAAGCAGACGGACAACAAUCUGACACUCAAGCAGACGGACAACAACCAGACACUCAGGCAGAUAGACAACAACCGGACACUCAAUCAAACGGACAACACUCGGACACUCAAGCAGACAGGCAACAACCGGACAGUCAAGCAGACAGACAACAACCAGACACUCAAGCAGACAGACAACAACCGGACACUCAAGCAGAUAAACAACAACCGGACACUCAAGCAGAUAGACAACAACCGGACACUCAAGCAGACAAUCAACAACUGGACACUCAAGCAGACAGACAACAACCGGACACUCAAGCAGACAGGCAACAACCAGACACUCAAGCAGACAGACAACAACCGGACACUCAAGCAGACAGGCAACAACCAGACAGUCACCCAGACGGACAACAAUCUGACACUCAAGCAGACGGACAACAAUCUGACACUCAAGCAGACGGACAACAAUCUGACACUCAAGCAAACGGACAACAAUCCGACACUCAAGCAGACGGACAACAACCGGACAGUCACCCAGACGGACAACAAUCUGACACUCAAGCAGACGGACAACAACGGGACAGUCACCCAGAUGGACAACAACCGGACAGUCACCCAGACGGACAACAAUCCGACACUCAAGCAAAACAACGAGAUACUCAACCAGAGCAACUGGCCACUGCACCGGAUGAACAACAAUUGGACACUCAACCACGUGAGCAAUCAGAGAAACAAACAGACACUCAACCAGAACAUGGCAAGCCAGAUGAGCAACCACCAGACACUCAACCAGAUGAACAACAACCAGACACAAAGUCAGAACACCCAGACACUCAAGAAGAACUAGACACUCAACCAGAUGAGCAACAACCAGACACAAAGUCAGAACACCCAGACACUCAAGAAGAACUAGACACUCAACCAAAAAAACAAAUGGACACUCAACCAGAUGGACAACCAGGCACUCAACCAAAACAACUCCCCACUCAACCAGAUGGACAACCGCAGACUCCACCCGAUGAGCGAGGGGGUGACGACGGUGGUGCCCAUGGGUUCGAGAUACUGAGCAGCGACCCCAGCGACCAUGUGACUCGCUGUCCAAUCCAAUUCCAGAACGACCUGCUGUUUGAGCUGGACUGAGAGGGCCAGCACUCCCCUGCGUGGAGUUUGUGUGUUGUCCCCCUGUCCUGCAUGGGCUUCUUCCGGGAUAACAACCCCCCCCCCACACAAGUGGAACUAGUAUUCAUAUUCUUAGGUUUUUUUCCGGUAAAGUCACGUAGGUAAAAAAUUGUAAUUAAUAAAAGUAAAAUAAAAAUGAAAUUAAAAUCACGACGUUUCGGAGGCAACACAAGCUUCCGUCUUCAGGUGGAACCGUCACAGCACGAUAGCUGUAUCAAGUGAGAGAAAUUUCAAGAAACAGUAUUUGUAUAUAUACUGGUUGAGGGUGGGAGGAGCCAAGGUAGGCGCUGAAUAUUAUUUUUUUGAGGUUCGGUGCGACUGAAGCACGCUGUUAGGAAUGAGCCUUUGUUGUGUAAACUAGGUGCGGAUGAACUAGCAUUGGUGAAAUAGAAUCACAACCCAAUGUUGGAAUAUCAGCUGCACAUCACUCAAUUGGGAUCACACAGCAGCAGCCGCUGCAUCGUGCCCACCCCCUCCCCCAGGUCUUGAGACUCAGUGGGGCUUUUUAAAUCCUUUAUAUUAAGUUCACUUGCUUGCUUGCUUGCGCGCUUACGACCGUGCAAAUCUUUCGGUCGUUUUUUAACCCACUUACCGUGAUCCAAUCGAGCUGACAUUUUGCACACAGACUCGUUGUGCGUGACAAUUUAUUAUCGUGAAAAUUUUUCCAAAAUUUUACACUUUUUAGGAAAAAAUAAAUUAUAUUUAAUUACCAAUUGCUUAGUGGUGGCAGGCAAUCAUCUGACCCAUAGGUGGCAGCCAUCUCAAGCCAGAGGACGAGAGGACUCUAGCCGCCACGCAUAUAAAGGAUUUAUAGUGAAAAACUUUGUUUUUACGGGUUAAUUUUUCUAUUUACUAUUUUCAUCCUACCAGGUGAGGCCCACAAAUGAUCGCUCUACAAAGCAGCUUAUAUCAUUGCGUGGGGAUUUCUAGCAGCCAAAGACUUGUACAGCAGUGUUACGCAAACUUGAUUUAGCCCGUGGACCACUCAGCCUAAUGCAAACAUUUCCACGGGUCACCCAGCUCCCCACCCCUGGUGACAAAACGCAUUCACUCGUCUCUAAAUACUCGUACAGGGGCUCCUCAUUCAGACGCUGUCUUUCCGACAGACCUGUUCCUCACCUGAGGACGGCUGCUUGCGUUGUGGCCAAAACGUCGUGAGAAUUAUUAAAUUUUUAUUAUUUUAUUAUUUCCCUUCUACGUGACUUUACCGAAAGAACCAAGAAGAACGGAUUCCUCUACUUACGAACGAGUUGGGUUCCAGAGGUCUGUUCGUAAGUCGAUUUGUUUGUAAGUUCAACAACAUUACUCUUGUCGAUUCCAAAAAUCUGAAACGGCAUGUACACUAAACACGGGGAAUAGCUGUAAAAGUUGAAUAACCUGUAGAUCAUCAUUGGACCUCCUUUGCCAGUACCAAAAUAUAAUAGGGGGUUUCCCCUUUUUUCUGGCAACAAAGCUGAAACCUUUUUACAAGGAUUCAUGUAUGCAUUAACCACAAUACUUUGCAGGCAAAUUGAAACAAAAAACACACAUUGAUAAUAUAUGCAUUGUCCUUGAAAUUGAUUGGUCCACACCAAGGGAUGGCUUUCUUACGAGCCUCGACCCAAUUGGGUCUGCAAGUAUUGUGGUUAAUGCAGUAACACGAAUCCUCGUAAAAAGGUUUCAGUUUUGUUGCCAGAAAAAGGAGAAAACCCUAUUAUUAUAAUCUGUAGAUGUAGAUGCUACUGGUUUUUCAUGUUCUGCAGAUGUAGAUGCCAUCACAGCUAUCUAUUGCGCGGUGGUUGAACUUGCGACUUUCGGUCGGAACAGGCGACUGGACAUACGCACAGGUUUGUUCGUUUCUCUGAAAGUUCUUAAGUCGAAUGUUCCGAAGUAGAGGAGUCCCUGUGAUACAAAAUGAUUCAUAUUACCGGAACAUUAAAAAAAAAUGUCAACGCAGCGAAAAGUUUUUUUUUUUUUAAGGGGUGGCAUUUAGAUCUUAGGGUUAGGGUAGUUUGAUCAGGACAAUUUACCUAACUUAAUUUUAUAAAUUAAAUAUCACAAGUAAAAUCUAAAUUAACGUCUUAAACUAAGGGUGUAAAAACGUAGUCGUUACUCGAGGAUCAACCUUCGUUUGCAUCAGAGUUCCACGAACUACCUGGAGGACUGUCACGGACCACCGGGGGGGUCAUGGGGACCGCACCCUGAGAACCACUAAUCGAGACGCAGGUUCCUCACUGAUGCACAAACUAGCAUCAUAAUAAACUAAUAGAAGUGUCUCUCAAUGUCGCGCACUCAAGAUCCCUCGCCCAGCUGCCCACAUCUCCUCACUCCUGCAUACACUGGCCCACACCGGCCCCCAUCACCACCACGAUAAUUUUUCUCAUGACCAAAUCUCCCGCAAUGUGUCCAAUCGCAACAGAACAGAGAAGCUAAGCAGGUUUGAGCCUGGUUACCGAUUGGGUCACCACAACCACUACACCACCACCACUCAUCACGACCGCCGCCACCACCAAUUAUCAGAAACACCAUCGCACCACCAACAUCACCACCACCACGUGA